AUGAUCAUCAGCAGCAAGAAAUACGCGUGCGAAACCUGCAUCAAGGGCCAUAGAUCCUCUGCAUGCAAACACACCGACCGCCCUCUCUUCGAGAUCAAGAAGAAGGGCCGUCCUGUAACGCAAUGUGAACACUGUCGGGAGCUUCGCAAAACAAAGCAAGUCCACGUCAAGUGCAUCUGUGAAACCAAGGCGGACUUCCCCGCCCAAGGUCAUAAGCAGGGAUUUGAGAGCGCCGCGUUUCCCAACGGCUUGCCCGAAGCCUUGGAAGCGUCGGUUGCGUUUCACAAUCCAGAUUCCGAUUCCGAUCAUGGUGGGCACCGGUGCAAGGCAGGAGAUGUAUGCCACUGUGUCACGCCCAGAACCAGGGUCCGGAAAAGAGGCGACUCGGAUUCCGUUGCUGCUUCAGGACACCCAUCGUCUAGCCAGAUACUCGCCCGCAUUGCGGAGUUACGCCCCGUCCUCCCUCGUCCUUCCGGCCCCGUUCACAGCCCCUCCACUGGCACCUCUCAUGGCCAUGGAGGUCGUCAUCACGAUGCCGCUUUCAACCCGUAUGAACGUGCAUAUGGUAUGACACAUCAACACCCUGUACAUCCUCAGUCUUACGCUGGGACCUCAAAUCCUGCAUCCUCCUACAACGCGCAGAGCUUCGCCGAGCCGUGGACUCAAAAUGUCGCGCUUGAUGACGCGGGUUUCCCAUCGUUGUGCGGAUGCGGCGACGACUGCAAUUGCCCAGGUUGUAUGCACCACAACCGUUCGACCGCGGUGCCAUUGGCCACCGCGUACGCUUCAUGUACGAACCCCGGCGGAUGUUCGGCGUGUCUAGACUGCACGAUCAUGUCCCUUCCUCCUUCAGCCUUCUUGCCGCCCAACACCGCCUUGUCAAUAUACGACUCACAGAAUGACUCGAUUGAUGAAUGGCUUCGACAAUUAUCUUCAACAUCAUUUUCUGACCCUUCCCAACCAUCUCUCCAACAAGACUUUUCAACGUCUUCCAAUUUCCAACAACAGACCGUACCAUCCCAAGGUUGGGCCAUGGCCGGUGACGCGCAGAACACGAUGCCCCCAGCCAAUUUUUUAUACGAAUCCUCCGCAAUGCCGAACAUGACCCCCUUCGCGACGUCCAACAUGCGUUCCGACUUCUCCCCUCAGCCACAAACCAACCUCAGCGCGGUCAUCGUUCACGAGCCUCCAUGUCCAGUGUCGACGCCCGUUCGAUGA